AUGGUGCAAAUAUUAAUGAAAAAAAAUAAAAAUGGAAGCACUGCCCUCCAUGAGGCAGUAUAUUAUAAUUAUAAAGAAAUAGUCGAACUUCUUCUUUUGAAAGGUGCAAAUAUCAAUGAAAAAAAUAAAAAUGAAAACACUGCCCUCCAUGAGGCAGUAUAUUAUAAUUAUAAAGAAAUAGUCGAACUUCUUCUUUUGAAAGGUGCAAAUAUCAAUGAAAAAAAUUUCCAAGGAUCUACCGCUCUUCAUAACGCAGCAGCUCAUAAUAGUAAAGACACAGCCGAAUUUCUUCUUUCACAUGGUGCAGAUAUCAAUGAAAUAAAUAAAAUUGGAAACUCUGCUCUCCACAAUGCAGCAAUGAAAAAAUGUAUGGAAACAGCUGAAUUCCUCCUUUCACAUGGUGCAAAUAUCAAUGGAAAGAAUUAUUUUGGACGAACCCCUCUUUAUGAAUCAGCGUAUAGGAAUUGUAAAGAAAUGGUCGAACUUCUUCUUUUGCAUGGUGCAAAUAUUAAUGAAAAAAAUAAAAAUGGAAGCAUUGCCCUCCAUGAGGCAGCAUAUCAUAAUUAUAAAGAAAUAGUCGAACUUCUUCUUUUGAAAGGUGCAAAUAUCAAUGAAAAAAAUAACCAAGGAUCUACCGCUCUUCAUUAUGCAACAGAAAAUAAUCGUAAAGAAAUAGUCGAAUUUCUUCUUUCACAUGGUGCAGGUAUCAAUGAAAAAGAUGAACAUGGAAAAACUGCUCUUCAUUAUGCAACAGAAAAUAAUUGUAAAGAAAUUGUUGAACUUCUUCUUUCACAUGGUGCAAGUAUCAAUGAAAAUAAAUGA